AUGGAGAUUAUUCAACCUCAAAGCCCUCCUACGGACAACAGAAUUUCUAUAAAUUUGACGGAUCCUCGAAAAGAUUCUAUGACUAUCAUUCAAAAACACAGCAAGAGAAAUAACCAACGCUUAUACCAAGGUAACUAUUCAACUAUUCUACAACUUACAAAUUUCGUGAAGAACUCAGUCAAAAUGGUUCCCUCAAAGAUCUACUCCCCCAUCAACAUCUUCUGUAUCUUCGUCAUCCUCUUCAUCUCAGUUUGCAUGAGCCACCCGACGAAUUGCACUGAAAUCCAUAACCACACUAGUGCUGCUACCAUCGAUAGCCCCUUAGGUGGUCCUAAAAACCACUCUAUUGGCUUCAUCGGCCAGCAGCGUAACAUGACCGCCCACGCCUUUCCGGAAAUGCAGGACAGCCAUUACAAACAUGGAGAGCCCUGCAUGAGUGAAGGUGCCAGGCCUGACUCGAUUGUGUCGAAGGGCUUCCUUGCUACAUUUAUUGCUAUCAUCCUAGGCGUGGCAUUGUCUAUGUAA